UGCCUGUGUGUGUUUGAGUUGGUCUGUCCCUGCUCGUGAGUUAAUCUGAAUAUCGGGUGUAGCCGAGGCGGGGCCGGGGCAGGACGCGAGGCCUGAGGCAGCGAGCUGCUGGCAGUCUCUCUCUCUCAGUAUUCCGUAUUGACAGUGGAUCGCCAUGCGUGGCAUUCCAUCGCUUGUGUUGAGGCUAAGCAUCGGCUCGACUUUUCCGAGCCUUGCAAGAUCCUAAUCUGGACCCUCCGAGCUCUCGAACGAUCGCUAAACGACCGAACGCCGUACGUUGUCGCUGCUACAGACGGGAGCUGUCAUCGACGGAACGCUGCCAAACUGCCUCCUCGGAGACUUCUGAAGUUUCGUCAAGGUGGAAACUUGGCUAGCGACCGUGCAUUCCUCGGAUCCUCGGAGCGCUGGGCGAGUGAGUAGCAGGCGGCUGCCUCCGUGUCGUCCCCGAGACGUUACCAGGUCUGCGAAUCCCGUUGACCCCCUGUCUGACCUCCCGUGCUGCACCGUUCGCCCCGUCUUCGAAAUACAGGCCAGAUCAGCUCCUGCAGCGGCACCGCCCCUGUCCUGACAACACGGACAAUCCCCCUGUCUAACCACCACACGCCGAACUCAGAGGCAACAGGCAUGAAUCUCUCCAGCGUGUACGUGCUCGCGAGCCUGGCCGUGGUGUGCCUGCUGGUGAAGGAGACGCGGGCGGAGUACCUGUGCGGUUCCACCCUGGCCGACGUGCUCUCCUUCGUCUGCGGGAACAGAGGAUACAACUCACAACCCAGGCGGUCCUUGGGCAAGAGAGCAAUUGACUUCAUCUCGGAACAGCAGGCCAAGGACUACAUGGGCUCCAUGCCUCCGGUGCGGCGGCGACGCGGCCUGGUGGAGGAGUGCUGCCUCAACGUGUGUGACUACAGCCACCUGGAGAGCUACUGCAACCCGCACCCAACCGCCCCGGCCACCGCCUCGCCGGUCAGAACCACCGAGUCCCAGCCCGAAGAGCAAGAACGUGACGAGGAACUCGCCCCCCUCGACGGCAUGGUAGGCGACCAAGCUCCUCUCGGAUCUAUCGAGAACAUAGAAAACUUGGUCUAUCAUUACGACAGGGACGACAUCACGGUAGACGCGGCGAAAAAGGAGCCGAAGAUGAAACUUAAGGAAAUCCUCGGGUCCUUCGAAGAUAAGAAGGCGAACCCCGUCUUUCCGUUCAUCAGACAAUCCACCAAGAACCAGAACGUAAAACCGAACAAGUUCCCUGACUCCUCCGCCCAUCAGUACCCAACCGACCUCGUCGAAGAAGGACCAACCAACGAGAUUCCGGAAACACCAUCACAGAAGCCCACACUGGAGCGUCUCGGAUACAAGGACAACCAGACCGACAAGAAAGAACCAGCGGAAAACAACAACAACAACAGAGCCAGAGACAAUAGAACCAAAUCCUCCACAGUGGAACCCCACACCGUACCAGACUAUAUAUCAAAACAAUACACGCAUAAACCUCUCAUCACAUUGCCGAGAGGUACGCCCAGAAGAAUAGACGCUCCCGGACAAUUAUCACUCAACUGAGCCGAGCUGAGUGGACUGUACUCCAACUAAAUCUGACAUUCCCGCGUCUUCUAUUGUCAUCACUGCACCUUCCCCCCUCCCCAACUUCUAGGAGGUAGUUUCUUAACCUUCCAAAUGGCGGGACUCCAUUAUUCAAGCUUUACUGCAGCCACUGAGAUCCACGCAUAGUAAAACCGUACAGGACCAAUGGACGCUUCGUCACCACGUGUGGAUCACAAUCUUGGACAUUCCUGAUCGAACUUUUGUGUCGCUACUAGGUCUAUACGUUUUGUCCUUAAUUAAAAAUUACAAAGCACAGUCCAAAACUGGUGCUACGAUCGUUGAGUUUUCCCAACGGGGAGCUCAUAUCAACUGGUCUAUGCAAGGUGCUGCUAGUGUGUAUAGAGUGAUAUAAUUUAUUUUAGAUAAAAUCUAGGGACUAGAUAACUGUACUGUGUUGUAGGCAGACAAUAAGAGAUGUACAAUAUGUUGAAAACAAAAACAAAGCUGCUUGCGACCGUUCCACGUUUGUCAGGGCAACGAGGCCAAAUGAAGCAACGAUCACGUGGAAUCUCGCGUGAACUUGUUUCCCGCCUGGUCGAAUCUCGUUGGUUGGAGUGACGAGGUCACAAUAAAAAAUGGAA